CUCCUCCUCCUCCCGCUGCUCCAGCUGCUCCGGGCCGCCGGCUCUGCUCGCCCCUCCCGCUCUCCCUCCUCCUCCGCUCCGCUGCUGCUCCGCUGCCGCUGCUCCCUCCACUCGGCCCCCAGCAUGACGGGCGUCGCGGCGGCCUCCUUCUUCUCCAACGCGUGUCGCUUCGGCGGCUGCGGGCUGCACUUCGAGUCGCUGGCCGAGCUGAUCGUGCACAUCGAGGACAACCACAUCGAUACAGACCCCAGAGUGCUGGAGAAGCAGGAGCUGCAGCAGCCCACAUACGUAGCCCUGAGCUACAUCAACAGAUUUAUGACUGAAGCAGCUCGUCGGGAGCAGGAGAAUCAGAAGAAGAAAGUUCAGCCGAAGCUCGCGCUGUCCGUCACUGGGGGCGUGUCCCGAAACAACACCUCCACGCCCCCUCGCCAUAGCAACGGCAGCCUGACUCCGCCCGUGACCCCGCCCAUUACCCCGUCAUCAUCCUUCCGCAGCAGCACCCCCACAGGUAGCGAGUGUGAUGAGGAGGAGGUGGAGUAUGAAGAUUCGGACAGUGACGAGUCGUGGACGACAGAGAGCGCCAUCAGCUCCGAGUCCAUCCUCAGCUCCAUGUGUAUGAACGGAGGAGACGAGAAGCCCUUCGCCUGUCCUGUACCCGGCUGCAAGAAGAGAUACAAGAAUGUGAACGGGAUCAAAUAUCACGCCAAGAACGGACACCGCACUCAGAUCCGCGUCAGGAAACCCUUCAAGUGCCGCUGUGGGAAAAGCUACAAAACCUCUCAAGGCCUUAGACACCAUACCAUCAACUUCCACCCCCCACUGUGAUCAACACACACACCUUUACACACCUUUACACACACCUGUAUAAUCUUCACACACAUCCUAAACGUUCUCCCAGUCAGGAGCUGAGGGGUCCGCUUCCUGAUUCUCUCUCUUUUUUUCUGUCCUUUUUUGUCUUUGUACUUUUUGCACAAUCCAUUUACUGUACAUCAUUCCUGUUUACGACAACAGUUAUAACCAGCGGAAGAAAGAAAAGAAAAGAAAAGACUCGUAGUUUUGGAGGAUUUGUUUUAACAGCUGUUUUAUUGUCUGAUUCUGAUUAAAUUCAGUCGUUUGCUGAAAAACAAAGCUGAGAAAAAUGAAGAAAUAAGAAAAGAAAAUGAAAAGAAAGAAGAGUAUUUCCCAUUCCUGUUUUUAUUAUUAUUAUUAUUAUUAUUAUUAUAUUAUUUUGUUAUUUUUCCUCCAGUAAAGCACAGCUAAGUAGAGACACAUAUAUAUAUAUAUGUAUGUACAUAAUAUCUAUCUAAAAGAAGCAUUUAGCAUAUAUUAGGAGCUAUACUUAAUAUCCAAACUUUAUAUGGUUUAUUUUACACACAUAUGGUUAUAUAUUUUAACACAUAUGAAUAUUUUUAUUUCUAUAGAUCUAUGAAUAUAUAGAGAUAUAUCUAUAUAUGACUCAUUUUUGUGUCUAUUUUUUCAUUUUCAUACUUUUUUCUUUUUCCAUGAUGUUCUGGUUUUCCUGUAGAGACGUAUUUCGGAGUCUGGGUGGGAAAGGCUUUGAUCUCAGGUCACAACACUGCCACCAUUUUUACAGACGAACGAGUGAAAACGAAACGAAACGAAACGAAACUAAAAGAAUAAUGUAUAUUUAUAGAGCAGAGUGACGCCCGGCUCCGUGAGGAAAACGGUCACAGGCUGGGAGUGAUGGGUAAAGAAGGAGGGAUUAUAAAGUGUUUUUGUUUGUUUGUUUGUUUAUUAGUUUAUUGUUUUAAUAUCUCAUUGCCAGCAGUAUAAAAAGUGCCAAAUUUACACCGAUCAGCCAGAACAUUAUCACCACUGCUGCACUGAUGUGAUGUACUGUGUCUGCACUCCACUUAUAAAAAAAAAAACAUCUGUAUAAAUAUAUAUAUAUAUAUAAAUAUAUAUAAAUAAAAUAGUAUACUCUGUAAUGUUUAGGUUAAUAAUGGUACAUCAGAUUAUGAAAAUCUGUCAUAAAACAUAAAACAUAUAUAUAUAGAUAUUGCAUCAAAAACCUCAUCAAUAGAAAGAACAAAUGGAGGACAUGAUCGACCAAUCGAAAACACAAUCAGCUGAUUAAUCGUCUACUAAAAUGCUCAUUAGUUGCAGCUUUACUGGCAAGAGACCAAAGGAUCCCACAAGUAUUAGGAUGUACAAAUAUGAUAAUCACUAACUAUGGUAUAUUACCAUACUGUAAUGUGUAGUUUUAACGUUUUAUUUCCAUUUUCUUCAUAACACACAUAAACAAAUCGUUAGUAGAAUGUCUCUGGAGCUAGAUAGCUCACUAAAUUUCCCAUUCCGCCUUAUAUUAUAAAUAUUAUAAAGCCCUAGAGUUAACUAACGGGUUAAGCAGCAGCAGCUAGGUUGCUGAACUUUAGCGUUUAUCUGUAGCUAUAUCUGUAUCAGGUGCUUGAAGGGUUUUUCUAAUUCUUAGGGAAUUAGGAUCUUAGGAUUUCACCCCUUUCCCUUUUAACUCGAUUAAGAAAUGGGAUUGGGUCACAUUUUCCCAGAUUAAUCCCCUGAAACAUCAAGCCCAGGUGUGCUACUGGGGAAUAGACCAUAGAACAUAGGCUAAUAUUACCACCCAGAGUGGACAGUGCAGUGCAGUUGGUAGUAAUGAUGGUGACCGGUGGCAUCUGGCUAGAAUUGUCCAUUAUUGACCUCAAUUCAGUGCAGGUCACUACACUGUUCUUAAGCGUCGUAUUACUACUAUUACUACUUCCUGUAGUAACUUUUGGUUGGUGCAUUCUGGAAUCCCUCGAGAUCUGCCAUUGAAAUCAGUGCAUUAGUGGUUUUAAUGUUAUGGCUGAUGGGGUGUAUCUUUCCUCUUUCCCCUCUCAUGAGCGCCGGUGAUGUGCCAAAUUCAGCACCCUCGCCAGAAAAAGCACCACCUCUCGUCUUUGCUUUAACUUUACUUAGAAAAUGGAAAAAUUACCCAAGAUACUGUUCUAAGCUACGCUGACUCACCUGAUGCAUCUACUGAGAGGGGGUGCUUUUUCUGGCAGGGGUGCUGAAUUCAGCAUUAUAGUAGUGUCUAAAUCUGCACCCCCGCCACGAAAAGCACCCCCUCUCGGCAGGGCAUAACUUUAUUUAGAAUAAGCUACAGAGAGGUGGUGCUUUUCCUGGUGAGGGUGCUGAAUUCGGCACAACACCGGGAGCCUCUGAAGAAGGGCGUGAUUCUCGUGUGUGUGUGCAGUCUGCAGUAUUGUGUCGACAGUGUGUAUGAGUUGUAUAUAUGUAUAUGUGCGUGUGCCUUUUUACACAUUGUAAUCGUUAUUGAUAUUGAAAUUGAUAUUCGUACGUUUAUUUUUUUUAUUCGCUCGCAUGGAUCGCCUGCCUGGCUGUUCUGCAGUAUCUCCGCUUGUAGCCUUACUCUGAAAUGAUUUGUCGUCAGUAUUUCUCUAUUUCUGCUGUUACGUCGCGGUCGGUAGUGCCAUAGUUCCGGCGGUCUGUUGAUGGCGGUAAUGCCUGAACGUGCUUUUAAAAUAUAUACUCGCCAGAGCAGCUAACGUAGACGUUUGCUUCAGUUUAGCAUGCUGCGUAUGUUCUUUUUUUUUUUUGCUUUUUUUAUACGCUAAAUAGACGUUUCUGUUUUUUUUUAAGUUUUGUUUUUUUUUUUGUUUACGCCAAAUCCCGUUGGUUACGCAGUGACGAGCAUGACCGUCUUUCUGCUUUUCUUGUGGUAAAACAAACGUGGGUCAGUUCUGUUACACUGGCAGGAACCCAUGUUUCUUCUUCAUUAGCUUGUGAUGUUUUCUCAGUUCUCAUUAGAGGCACUGCAGAAUCCAACCCAGAUAUAGUGAAGAGAAAUAAGCAAUACCCUGAUUUUCACCAUGACUUAUAUGUAGGUUUUAUGGUGCUUUUCCAUUGCAUGAUACUUAAACUAUGCUAAACUUUUUGGUUCACCGAAUUGAGGCCGGUUGCAUUGUGUAGAGUGGCAAUUAUCACUGGCCAAUCAGAGCUCUGCAGGAUUUAAACGUAAAAUUUAAGUCUAUACUCUACAUGCUUGAAAUCAUAAAGGCGAGGAGGUGCUACUAAAGUACCUGGUUGAGGGUUAAGGGCAUUGAACCCACAACCCUUAGUAGACCUGGAAAUUGAACCCACAACCAUCGGCAGACAAGGGAAUUGAACACAAAACAUUUGUCAGGCCUGAGUAUUGAACACACAACCUUUGGCAAACCAGGGAAUUGAACCCACAACCCUCGGCAGACCUGGGUAUUAAACCCACAACCUUUGGCAGACUUGAGUUUUGAACUCACAACCCUUAGCAGAACUGUGUAUUGAACCCACAACACUUGGCAGGCCUGAUUAUAGAACCCAAAACCUUUGGCAGACCUGGGUGUUGAACACACAACCCUUGGCAGAUUUGGCUAUUGAACCCACAACCCUGUCAUCAAUAACCCAGUGCUUCAGUACCCCUGGAACAGAGAGGUUUAAAGGCCUUUGCUCAAGAGCCCAACAGUGGUGUGCUUAGCAGACCUAAGUAUUAAACCCACAACCCUAAGCAGACUUGGGAAUUGAACCCACAACCUUGGUAGACUGUUCCUCACAAAAAAAAAAAAAAAAGAAAAUCUAAACUGAGUUGAGUAUUGGAGGUAUCAUGCAGUGGAAAUGCACCAUAACUGGAGUCAUUAGCUGAUUAGCGUUUCUGUGGUAAAGUGCCAUAAUAGGACCCUCCACUAGGUGGCCCCGGUUUGUACAGUGGAAUGGCCUCCUCGUUGUGCUGCUGUUAUUUGCUGGUUGAAUUCCGUUCUGUAUUAUAAAUGCUAAACAAACAGUGAUUGUUUUCAGUCACAAUAAGCUACAGGUGCUCAAAUGCAAGCGCAUCCCAUCCGUAAACAGUGUUGGAAGUGUUACGUUUUAAUUACCAAUCAGAUGAUCACAUGAAAUCAUGUGACGUUUAGGGAAUUACGUGAAUUUACGGAUUACUAAUAGAUUAAAAAUCUGUAUUAAGGUGCCAGAAAUGUUUUUUUUUUAGUAUUACAGAUUUCACCAACACACAAAUACAGAUGUGUUCAUAAAAAAAAAAAAAAAAAGCACAAUUAACUAACUUUUUAAUCACAAUUUAAACCAGACAGGGUUCCCACUGUUUUUUUUUUAUUUAUUUUUUUUAAAGAAAACAUCAUCUAGGAUAUUUAUCCUAACGUUCAUACAACAUAAUGUACAGUGAGUUUAUUAAAACCCACUUAGAUUUAUUAUUUUUCGCAAUAUAAGGUGCACCGGAUUAAAAGGCACAUUUUAUGAGACACUAGUAAGGAAUAGGGGUAAUGUUGCCAUGUUGGAUGUUAAUCUACACAGAUUUCUCUCCUGAAAACUGUUUUUGUAUUUGGGUGAGUAAAGCGCUUCAGUUUAUUUACAGUAAGCUUAGAUUUCCAAUAAGGCUGGGUGCAGCUGCAUUAGCAUUAGCAGCUAGCAGGUUAGCUUAGCGCUAGUAAAUGCUGCCAAACUGAGGAACCCUGAGUGUUCCAGUUAUCCAGGGCGAUAUUAGCUAUCGAUAUACACAGCUCUGAAUGGUAAAAGAGCUAGCUUUUAGCUUGGUUAGCGGCUAAUGCUAAUACUGCUCCAGCAGUGCUAGCCGUAGUUGGCAGCAGGCUACAGACCGAUAUGUUAACCUCUAAACGGAGAAAGAGCUAGCGCUUAGCACAGUUAGCUGCUAAUGCUAAUACUGCUCUAGCAGUGCUAGCCAGGAUUAGCAGCAGGCUAUUUAAGGCAUACAUAAGGUGAACCAGAUUAUAAGGUGCACUGACAUUUUUUGGGAAAAUUGUAAAGUGCUCCUAAUAGUGUGAAAAAUAUGGUAGUGUUUUAAAAUGUACUCUUAUUUCUGUUCAGCCUCAGUUUUGAUCUAAAUUUCAUAUUUCUACACUAUUUCUACCACUAUUUUUACAUCUCUGACAGUAUGUAUGUAAUUUAAACUAUGAAAGCUGAAGGGUGGGAGACUGAAACCACAUUUAAAGAAGUUAUUUUACAUUUAAAUAUUAUUUACACUGAUUUUGUGCAGCAUAAAACAUUUAAUGUUGAAAAAAUAUCAUUUUAAAUAUCCCGGCAGUUUAAAACUAAACUAACUAACUAAAAUCGGUUAGUUAACAAGAAAAUAGAUACUAAUAGACACACAUUUUAGAAUCAGCAAGUUAAUUCCAAUGUACAACCCUAACGAUGGUUGCACAUUGAUUUUUAUUUUUCUAAAUUUUAGUGUUUUUUCUGUUUUAUUAUUGUUUUUAUUUAUUUAUUUUUUUUUACAGAUUUUUGACAAAUUAUCCCUGCAGUUUAAAAUGAUGAAAUUAUUCAGUUAACAGGAAAGUUAAUACUAAUGCAAGAAAAUUUGGCAUUUACAUUGGAUUUACCAAAUGUCAUGAAGUCCCACAUGGUUCUAUUUUGGGGCCUAUAAAACUGAUGUAAAUUUUUGCAGUAUGUAACUAAAUUGUGGGCCGUUUUACAGUAAAGGUAGUAUAAUGUCAAAAGGGCUACCCAGCUAACAGAAAUUGUUUUAAGAACAUUUAACAAUGCUAGAGAAACUUUCAGAAAACGUGUGACAUAAUGGUUUAUUACGUUUUUCACAUAACGUUCCCAGCUAGACACAUGGAAACUUGUGGAAACAUUAAAACGUUAAAACUUUGCUAAGUUUUUAGUUUUUGUUUUUCAAAAUUAAAAACAUUGAAACAAGUAACAUUUUACUGAAAACUUUAAAUAAAAACGUUCUAAGGACAUUUAGAAAACUAAUAACGUUAACCAACCACAAUUGUUAGCUAUGUAAAAGCUGUUAAACAUGGUGGCGGAUGUGUUAUCUGUCCAUGUGAUUUAAGUGCAUUUAAUCGUUCCCAGCUAGACAAAUGGAAACUUAUGGAAACGUUAAAACGUAAAAACUUUGCUUAAAAAAGUUUUUAGUUUCUGUUUUUCAAAACUAAAAACUGAAACAUUGAAACAAAAGUUACAAAAGUAACGUAGCAAUACGUUCAGUAAAAAUGUUCUAAGGACAUACAGAGAACUAAUAAGUCUAUGUAAAAGCUGUUAAACAUGGUGGCGGGUGUAUUCUGAUCGUAUGAUUUAAGUGUGUUUAAUCCGGUGGGAACCCUGUCUGAGUAGUUGAGGCCGACAGCACAGAUGCGGUGUACUGGAUGGAUGUGAUUUGCAGUAAGUUUGUAUAUUAAUAAAGUGGCUGAUAUGCGUCUGUUACUCUGCUGGAGGCAGUUUGAUAUGCUGUACAGUGAAUGUAUCGUACCGUCUUUGUAAAGUGGUUUUAAAAUUAUAUUUUCAUAUGUUCGUAUGUUUUUUGUGGAACGUUUCUGUGUAGCAGGAGCUUUUUCUAUCUGUGGCCAGAUUUGUAUCAUGUGUGUAUAUGUGAAUAUAUGAGUAUGUGAGACUGUUCAGAUGUCUUAAAAAUGUAAAAAAAAAAAAAAAAGCUGCUUAUGACAUUUUACGAAGGUACAAAAAAACUAAAAAUAAAAGACUUGAGAAGCAGA